AUGGAACAAUUUGUGACAAAAAAGGAAAGGGAUAAUGAAACAGUGGUCACAGAAUUUAUCCUCCUAGGAUUCAAGACGCUUCCUGAACUGCAGACUCCACUCUUUGUUAUAUUUUUAGCAAUCUACAUGGUGACAGUUGCUGGAAACAUUCUUAUAGCCACAGCAGUCCUCGCUGACCAUCAUCUUCACAAGCCCAUGUACUUCUUCCUGGGGAACCUGUCUAUUUUAGAGAUCUGCUACACCUCAACAACCCUACCAAAACUUUUGGCUAGCUUGUUGAGUGACUAUUAUGGGAUUUCUUUUAGCGGGUGUUUCCUCCAGUUCUAUUUCUUUGGCUGUUUUGCUUGCACUGAGUGUUACCUCUUAUCUGUGAUGUCAUAUGACAGGUAUGUAGCCAUAUGUAAACCAUUACAUUAUGUAACCCUCAUGAACAGAAGACUAUGUGUUCAGUUAUCAGUUGCUCCUUGGAUUAUUGGGGCUGUACUUACUGCAAUUACGGCAUUCUGUGCAUCACAUCUGAAUUUCUGUGGCCCCAAUGAAAUCGACCAUUUCUUUUGUGAUUAUACUCCAUUGUUAAUGCUCUCCUGUGGUGAAACCAAGCAGGCAGAAAUCUUGAUGACAGUGGUGGGAUUCGCAGGGAUCAUGCCACCAUUGAUACUGACCUUGACCUCCUAUGCUUGCAUUAUCAACACCAUUUUGAAAAUCCCUUCAAACAGUGGCAGGAAGAAAGCUUUUUCUACCUGCUCCUCUCAUCUUAUUGUGGUCACCAUUUUCUAUGGUACCCUUAUCAUAGUGUACAUGUUACCAAACACCGACACACUGAGGGGUCUGAACAAAAUCUUUUCUCUUUGCUACACCAUCCUGACUCCCAUGUUCAAUCCCUUCAUCUACAGCCUGAGGAACAGAGACUUCAAGCAAGCGCUUACAAAAGCCUUCAGAAAAUUUGUGUCUGAGAGAACAAUGGAAGGAAACCAAAUGCAGCAAAACUAA